CUCAAUGUGUCUCACUUUUCAGUUCAUUCAUCCCAUUCAGUGCAUGCUCUGUAUAGUACAUUCUAGGAAAUACUGAACUAUAGAUUCAAUUCUACACAAAACUUGAAAUGUUGCUUUGUGAGGACAAUUGUCCCGAUGUUUUUGUGCUCAGAGAAAAUGACCAUCUACUGCUACAAGUCAACUUAUUUGGACCGAAAUUACCCUGUGGUUUUGAACUUCUCAGACUCCGACUGCUUCCUUAAGUGCGCCAAGAAAGAAGAGCGGGUGCUCCUGCAAGUGGAGGCAGUGGAUAAGAAGAUGAUGAAAAACAUUUCCAUGAACGAUGAGACCAAACUUUGUUUCGUCUUCUACAUGAAAACUGACAGCACAAAGCAGCGCAAGUUUGAGUCUGCACUCUACAGGGGAUGGUACAUCCAAAUAGCCAGUUCAGCUUCCACAGACUCUGUGGAAAUGUCAAAAUCAGAUGGACACCAAGGACCUCAGUCAUUCCUCUUCAUCAUUCAGACAUAGACCCCCCCCUACCCCCAACCGACCCAACAACACCACAUAGAUGCUAAUUCUUAGCCCAUGGAGCCUAUGGAGUGUCCCAUUGUAUGUAUGUAUGCAUGCAGGUAUUUAAUGCAAUGUGAUUGUGUUUCAUGUAUUGUGAAGUGAGUUGAGUCACCGGCCACCAAAAUUUACACUUUCUCACAAGUCAAAGCAAAUAAUGGGCCCAUUGAUUGCUUGUAUGUCAAGGAGCCAUGGUACAUUGAAAAUGCUACUUUGGAUUUUUUGAAUUUACAAUAUUUGUUGGAGGUUUUAAAAAAAAAAAAAAGUCCAAAUAUGCUUAAGCAACAUUUAUUGUACAGGAUCCAGUACAAUAAAUGAUCCAAACCAAAUGUAAUAAGACUACUGUUAUGACAGAAUAAUAUUUUAAAAUUUAAAAUAUUCUGAGGUUUGUGAAAGUCUUUCACAUGAGAUAUGAUUUCUGGAUUGUAAACUAAACUGAUGUUAACAAUAUAGUACAUAUAGACAUUUUAUGAAAACAUUCUCAUGCUCCUGUCCCCUGCACACACAUUUUUACAUUGCAUGUUAUCAUUAUAUUGUGGCAUUACAAUCAAUAUAAUAAAUUAAAAAAUCAUUAUACACAUUAUACACUUCACGUUUUUCUCGGUCGCUUUGAUACAUUUCUCAGAUCAGGGUUGAAAUUUGCAAAACAGUAAAUGCAUUUCUCAAAACAAAUGGCAAAACAUCAUGGUUCCCCU